AUGUGCAUGAAGGCUCAGUGCUCUACCUGCAACAAGGUCACUUGGUGGGGCUGUGGUGCCCACAUUCCAUCUGUCAUGGAUUCCAUCCCUGAGGAUGAGUGGUGUGCCUGCGCACCUCAGGUUGAGAAGGACGGGAAGAAGUACCCGCCUAAGGCAGCCAAGGCUAGCUGA